AUGGAAGUUCUGCAGGACAAUUUUUCUAUAUUAGCCUUUAUCGGUGUUUGGAAACCAAUAGACUUGACUGAUCGUUGGAAAUCAUUUUUAUUUUAUAUUUACGCAUUAGUAGUAACUUUUAUGUCGUACUGGUUUCUAAUAACCGAGAUAAUUGGUCUCGCUGUGUAUACAAAAAAUAUAAAUGACUUUGUUGCGAAUGUCUUUAUUGUGACAGCUUUGUUUACGGGCUGCAUUAAAGUGACAUGCUUUCAGCGCAACCGCGCGACAUUUAUUGAUAUUAUAAAUAAUUUAAAAAGAGGAUUUUUUGAGCCGCAAUCUCAAGAAGAAUUAAAUAUUUGGGAAAAACGCGCCCGAAAAAACAGAAAAAUUUCAAUAUACGCGUAUUUCUGGCUCCUAGUGGGGUUAGAAGCAAUAACAAUGGCAGUAUUAUCUUCAGAAACUAUAAACAAUAGAUUGCUAGUUUUCCAGGCCUGGUUGCCUUAUAAUUACACCACAAGCACGACAAUUUACUGGAUCUCAUCACUGGAACAGCUGAUCGCCGUUCACAUCCUCGGGCUCGUUAAUUUUUCAUUCAACCUAAUUUUUUUUGGAAUAAUGGUUAAUAUUUGCAUUCAAAUGAGAAUACUGAAACUUCGUUACAGAAACGCUAUAACAACUGACAAUUUACUAACUGAAAAUCCUCCUGGAAAAUUAUUGGAGGCCAAGAAGCUCAUUCAAGUAUUUGCAGAUUGUCAUAUUUCUAUAAUCAAGCUACAAGUUCAUUCGUUGUUUUCGACAAUAGUGACCAUUCAAUAUUUUGUAAGCGCGAUAACAUUAUGCACUAGCGCUUACAAUAUCACUAAAGAGCAAUUUGGCUCGUAUAAUUUUAUGCUGACAAUAUUUUACAUGCACAAUAUCACCAUUGAGCUGUUUUUGGUCUGUGUUUCCAGCAAUGAAGUUACACAUGAGUUUUCAGAUUUAGCUGAUGGGUUUUAUGAUUGCGAGUGGUACUCAGUAAACAAUCCUAGUAAAAUAUCAAUCGCAAUUAUGAUGACAAACACGGUAAAACCAGUCAAUUUUACUUGCGCGUACGUUAUUUAUCUUUCCCUAGAGUCAUUUACAAGAGUAAGUAAAUUA